GACAAGAUGUUUAAAAUGAGUGAAAAAAUCCUACUCUUGUGUGUUGGGGAGGCUGGAGACACUGUACAGUUUGCAGAAUACAUCCAAAAAAAUGUUCAACUCUACAAAAUGAGAAAUGGUUAUGAAUUAUCUCCUACUGCUGCUGCAAACUUUACACGCAGAAACCUAGCUGAUUAUCUACGGAGUCGAACUCCCUACCAUGUCAACCUGCUCCUGGCUGGCUACGAUGAGCACGAGGGCCCUGCCCUUUAUUACAUGGAUUAUCUGGCGGCGCUGGCGAAGGCGCCUUUCGCAGCACACGGGUACGGGGCGUUCCUCACCCUCAGCAUCCUUGACCGCUACUACAAGCCAGGUAUGACACGUGAGGAAGCUGUAGAGCUCCUAAAGAAAUGUCUAGAGGAGCUUCAGAAACGCUUCAUCUUGAAUCUGCCUUCUUUCAAUGCCCGGUUCAUUGACAAAGAUGGCAUCCAUGAAGUGGAUAAUAUAUCCCUUACAAAAGUGGUAUCCUAACCCCUAGGAUCUUUCUUCAGUGAUCU